AAAAUGCAUUGUCAUCUAUCUGCCCCUCAGUGUAAACAUAUAUUUUCUUCUCUAAAUCUUUCGCGUUUGACUCUUAGUGUUUUAUUAUUCAAUUAACAUGAGUGAUUCAGAUAAAGCAGAUGAUGUCAAUCAAGAAGACUGGCAUGAAAAAGUACAAGAACUACGGAUUCCACGAAAUGAAAUGAACGCGCUUAUAAUGGAUUAUUUGGUGACGGAGGGUUUUAAACAGGCUGCCGAAAAGUUUAAACUCGAGGCAAAACUACAGUCUGACAUUCCUGUAACAGGCAUGGAUGAACGUAUACAAAUACGAGAAGCCGUACAAAGUGGUGAUGUUUUCAAAGCGAUGCAAUUAACGAAUCAUUUUAACCCAGAAAUUUUAGAUAGCAGACCACAAUUAUAUUUUCAUCUUCAGCAGCAAAGACUUAUAGAACUCAUUAGAGACAAAGAUAUUGAUACUGCAGUUGAAUUUGCACAGACUGAAAUGUCUCAACAUGGUAAAGAUAGACCAGAAUUUCUGGAAGAGCUUGAACGAACAAUGGCUCUUUUGGCAUUUGAGAAUGCUGAAGAUAGUCCAUUUGGUGAUCUUCUACAUCCCUCUCAACGACAUAGAGUGGCAAGUGAACUUAAUGCAGCACUUUUAGAGGAAGAAAAUCUUCCAACGAAACCUAGGUUAUCUAAGAUAAUCAAACUACUUGAAUGGUCUCAGAAAGAACUUGAUAAAAAUAAAGUGAAAUAUCCUAGGAUGACAUGUUUAGCAACAGCUGAAAUUGAAUUGACGAAGUGAUUUUUUCUUUAAGUUUGUGAUCCAAAUACUUACUUAUAUUGACUCAUGACUGCAAAAAUUGUUCAAUAAAAUAUAUUAAAUAAAA